AAGGAAAAAAAGUUGGCAGGCGGACAGCAGAGCCGAGUCUGCAUCCAUCGCAGAGAGGAGGCCCGUGUGGUAUGGGGCGGGCCAGGAGCAAAGAGAGGCCUUCCUCCCUUUGUGCUCCCCCCGCCCCCCCAGCCCUAUAAAUAGGCCCAGCCCAGGCUGUGGCUCAGCCCUCGGAGGGACUUGAGCACCAGGCAGUGAGCAGUCUCUAGCCAAGACCCUGCUAGCAUGGCCAGCGAGUUCAAGAAGAAGAUUUUCUGGAGGGCCGUGGUGGCUGAGUUCCUGGCCAUGACCCUCUUCGUCUUCAUCAGUAUUGGCUCUGCCCUGGGCUUCCGGUACCCACUGAACAGAAACCAGACGGCAGUGCAGGACAAUGUGAAGGUGUCGCUGGCCUUCGGGCUGAGCAUUGCCACGCUGGCCCAGAGCGUGGGCCAUAUCAGUGGCGCCCACCUCAACCCGGCUGUCACGCUGGGGCUGCUGCUCAGCUGUCAGAUCAGCAUCCUCCGCGCGGUCAUGUACAUCAUUGCCCAGUGCGUGGGGGCCAUCGUCGCCACUGCCAUCCUCUCAGGCAUCACCUCCAACCUGCCCAUGAACUCGCUUGGCCGCAAUGACCUGGCUGAUGGUGUGAACUCAGGCCAAGGCUUGGGCAUCGAGAUCAUUGGCACCCUGCAGCUGGUGCUGUGCGUGCUGGCCACCACUGACCGGAGGCGGCGUGACCUUGGGGGCUCAGCUCCUCUGGCCAUUGGGCUCUCUGUGGCCCUGGGACACCUGUUGGCAAUCGACUACACUGGCUGUGGCAUCAACCCUGCUCGGUCCUUUGGCUCUGCAGUGCUCACCCAUGACUUCUCCAACCACUGGAUCUUCUGGGUGGGGCCCUUCAUCGGUGGAGCCCUGGCAGUGCUGAUCUACGACUUCAUCCUGGCCCCACGCAGCAGUGACCUCACAGACCGCAUGAAGGUGUGGACCAGUGGCCAGGUCGAGGAGUACGACUUGGAUGCAGAUGAUAUCAACUCCAGAGUGGAGAUGAAGCCCAAAUAGAAGGGCCUAGCCUACGCAUCCAGCUGGGGGGCGGGGCAGGGAAGGGUGGAGGGAGGGGAGGGCUGAAACCCAUAUUGUAGACACUCUGCCAAGCUGGCCAAAGUCACUCCCCAGGGUCUGCCAAACCUGCACGGUCAGACCUCAUCGGAGGUGUUCCUCUCACUUUCUUUCUUUCUCUGUUCCCUGGCCUCAAAGCUUCCUGGGGACCAAGAUUCACUAAUUCACCCCUCCCUUGUCACUGAAGAAGUGAAAGAGAGGGACUCAUCUGUUACUGUCCCCUCAGAGUGUGAUGGGAGGUAUGCCAGAAAGUUCCCCCCUUCCCCCAAGUUGGUUGCCAAUUUGCUUGCCACAGGGGCCAGAGGUCCCACUGUGUUGCCUUAGUCCCUUGGGGCAAUGCCCUCCUUCCCCGAUAGGCACUGGCCCCAAGAGUGCUGGAAGAUGACAGGCAGAGCAGCACAGGUGGCAGAUAAGGUUUGCCCCUCAGCUUGGCUUGCUCCCAGGGCACUGCCACCCAGACUUGCUGUAUGACUGGGAAUUGUCUGUCUCAGGGCUUCAGUGAUCUCCAUUCGUAAAAUGGAGGGCUGUGUGGACAGCACCACAGGUUCCAGAAGGCAUGACCUGCAGCAGGGCAGCUCCAUCUCCUUGUCCCGAGCUCUUUCCUAAGUGCAAAGCUCGGUUCACAUCUGUGUGGCCCUGUCCUCUUGUAGAUGAGUCCUGGGGCAGAGGUGGAUAGAUGGUCCAGGUGGCUGAGGGUGCCUGUGCCCUGCCAUGAGUUGUUGGGGGCGGGUAGGGGAGCAUCUCUAGACAGAGCCUGCUGUUGUAGAUUGAAGGAUAUUUGAAGGGUGAAGCAAGGACACCCAUGUUCCUUCACAGAGGCUUAGCUGGUCUUUCCAUCUGUCAUAGCACAAACUUCAACACUACUCCAGCACAGACCCAGGACACUGUUACAUGGGCAUGUUUAAUAAAGAGUAGCAGGAUUAUUUGAGGCCCCAGGCCUGAGGACAGAGAGAUCCCUAUGUGAAUCAGUCUAUGGUGGAAGACACCCUUCGAAGGGGUUCCAAGCUUGGAGCUGGUCCUGAGCAGGGAAGAACGAUUCCCACCCGUGCUUUCGAGGUCAUGGUUGGAAUCAUCAGGCAAGCUGGGGGUGCUGUAUGGGCUUGCUGUGUGGCCCCAGGUCAUAGCUUUCUCUCCUCAUUGACUUGGAGGGCAGAGGCCCUGCCCUAACUUCCUGCUACAGCCCAGGGGCAGUACAGAGCAGGCUGCUUCAGGGCUGAUGUCUUCCACUCCACUUCACAAGUCUGAAAGUCUGUUGGCUUCCACCAGGCCGGAGCAGCUCUACUACAGUGCCGUAGCCAGGAUGCCCACAUAAGCCGAGAGACACAGUCACAAUCAUGCGGAUGUUCAGAAGCAUGAAGCAGAGUGGCGGCUGCUCGAGUCACCAGACGCCUCAUCUGCACACUUCCUUCUCUGUGCUCCAGCAGGAACUUCCAGCCCAGUUAGCAGAUAAGAAAACUGAGGUCUGAGCCCCACAGCUAGAUAGGGAUUUGGCAUGUCGGGCUUCUUCCUGGACUGUGAGUGGAUUCCUUUCAUGCUCAGUUUCUCGGUUUAUGCCUGGCAGUGGCCAGGGACCAAGAGGGGGGAAGGUUGUGAUGGAGCAGGACGGGCAGACCCAGCCCUGCGUGGUUCUGGCUGUUGUGUCCCAGGACCCUACAUCUGUCUGCUCAGCAUUUAUGUCUCUUUGGAAUUGGAAUUUUAUAUGUUAAGAAAAUAAAGGAAAAUGACUUAUAAUGUC